AUGCGUCUCCUCGACACACGAACAGGUCGAUUUCUUUGGGUUGACCAUCCCGAGAAAGUUCGCUAUGCUAUCCUCUCUCAUGUCUGGUCUGAAGAGGGAGAACAGACCUAUGGAAACCUGGUAGCAUUGCAGGAAGAAAUCCGCCCAGCUCGCGCCCUAGUCGAGAUCCGCGCCGCUUGCGAGUACGCUCUCCAAGAGGGCUUCGACUACAUAUGGAUCGACUCCUGCUGCAUCGACAAAACCAGCAGUGCGGAGCUAUCUGAGGCUAUAAACUCGAUGUACCAGUGGUACAGCCAGUCCACUGUCUGCUACGCGUUCCUUCACGACGUCAGCAGCGAUGAAAACCCUAACGCCCCAAAUUCGCAGUUCCGCCGCAGUCUAUGGUUCACUCGAGGCUGGACACUCCAAGAGCUUAUAGCACCGCGGGUCGUAAUCUUCGUCUCUGCUGAAUGGCAUAAGCUGGGUGGCAAAGACGGUCUUUCCGACGUGAUCCAGGCCGUCACCGGCGUGAACAGGGAAAUCCUCACCCACACACAGUCCCUCCAAUCCGUCAGCGUCGCCCAGCGGAUGCGUUGGGCCUCGGGACGCGUCACCACCAGGAAGGAGGACGAGGCGUACUCUCUUCUGGGCAUCUUUGGCGUCAACUUGCCCACUAUCUAUGGCGAGGGUGCGCUCGCAUUCGUCCGACUCCAGGAAGAAAUACUCAAACAAAUUCCCGAUCAAAGCAUCUUCGCAUGGUGCUAUACUCGGUCUACGUCCUCAGCCGGGGACAUGUAUCCGAGCUCGGUGCUGUUCGCAACCUCCCCAGCGGACUAU